AUGGAACCUACUAGCUUAAUCGGCGACGCUGCGUUCUGGCUUCCGUCGGAGUUUCUCAAUGACGAUGAUUUUCUCGUUGAGAAGGAGAACAACAAGUGUUUGUUCCCGAGUCGUGGAUUUGAUUCUAACGUUACACCAAUCGGUGACGAGGAGGAGCUCUUAGUCGGAGGAUUCACCAGGAAAACGGUUCAGGCAUCUCUAGAAGAUUACUGCUCCGGUGGAUUUUGCGGAAACGACGCCAAGGCGUGGAAUGCGACUCGUUCGCCUCAGUCGACUCGAUGUGAUCGCCGGAAUCUAAACCGCCAACAUCAUGAUAUGUACUGUGCCGCGGCGGAGGAGGAGUUAGCGAUGAUGAAUAUCAACGGUUACAAUAACCAUAGUGAUAGACGACUUCUCCAUCUUCCUGAAAAACAUCCCCUCACCGCAGCUAAAAUCCCUAACGACGCUUCUGCCUACUACAGUCGCCAAUCUCUCCAAUACCAGAAGCUACAAGCUAUCCAAUUUCAGCAGCUAAAGCAGCAACAGUUGAUCAAACACCAUCGCCAUUUGAUGCAGCAGAGCAGAGGAUUGGGUGUUAAUCACAACAAAAUUGAUGGCUCUGUGGACUUGUCGCCGUCUGCAUGGUCUAAUCAGCCCCAGAUACUCGAUGGGGCUGAUUUCCUCGGAAAACGUGGAUCAACCGGAACCGGCGUAUUCUUGCCCCGUCGCGUUACCCCGGCAACCGUCGAUACUCCCAAGAAGACCAAUGCGUCGUCGAGACAGAGGAGCAACAAUGGGGGAUUCUCGAGCCAAGUGAAGAUGGAACGGCCAGUGAACGAGCUUCGUUUACCUUCGGAGUGGGCUUACUGA